GAGCUAAUAAAGAAAGCCUACGGAGAGAAAGACGCGCUGCGAGACACGGAGGAAACCGGAGGUUUUAGCGAACAUUUGGGAUUUUAAAAGCUCGAAAACCCGACUGUAAUUUAACCCACGGUGGUGGAACAUGGCGUGCGGUGCGACGUUAAAGCGCUCCAUGGAGUUUGAGGCCCUUUUGGGCCCUCAGUCCCCGAAGCGCCGGAGGUGCAGCCCGCUAGCCGGAGCCGCCGCGACCCCCUCCCCGCAGAGGUGCAGCCUGAGACCGCAGACGGAAAGCAACGCGACCCCGGUGUCUCCUCAGGCCGGGAGCGGAGAGCACAGGCUAACCCCAGAGCAGAUCUUCCAGAACAUUCGACAGGAGUACAGUCGUUACCAACGGCGACGGCAGCUGGAGGGGGCGUUCAACCAGACGGAGACGGGCGCAGCUGCGGAGAGCUCCAACCCCAGCUCACCACCAGGUGCGUCAUCACUGAAGAAAGACCAGCCCACCUUCACCCUGCGGCAGGUGAGCUACCUGUGUGAGCGCCUCCUCAAAGACCACGAAGAGAAGAUCCGCGAGGAGUACGAGCAGAUCCUCAACACCAAGCUGGCAGAACAGUACGAGUCGUUUGUGAAAUUCACACAGGAUCAGAUCAUGAGGCGGUACGGAGCUCGACCUGCCAGCUAUGUAUCUUGAAGUUCCCAGAUGGGAGACUACAGGCCAUCAGUGUGGUUACUGCAGUAUCAUCUCUUUCUCUCUCUUUCUCUCUCUCUCUCUCUAAUCCCUCGUUCAUUUUAAACACUGCUCAGGUGCUCUGGGUUUUUUCUCCACUUUAACCCUCUGUCGUUUCUUCUCCUGAAGUCCUCCGGCUCCUGAGCACUCGUCAUAAACGCUGUCCUGAUAAACGCCUCUCUUCCCUCUUUUUAAUAUAAAGACAGAAAAGUGAAAGUGUGAAUGUUUCUGAAUCUGCCGCUCCUCUAACGCUCUCAGCUCUCCUCCUGUUUUAGACCUGAGGGAUGUGGAUAUUUUUAUUUUCUUUACUCUUAUUAUUUUUUGUUUUGUUUUGAAAUGAAUAAAGGUUCGGUGGUCUUCUCGUA